AGUUUGAAGACGUGCCGGGAUUGUUGCGCUCGUGGUCUAUUCAGAGUGGAGCGUUCAAAGGGUUUUAAAGAACCGUUGUUGGUUCUAAUCGUUGUGACCCGAUCAACAAUUGAAUGAAAUACACGAUCGGUGGAAAAAUCGGGCUCUGUUGUUUACUCUCAAUCGAAUGAAGUGUGAAUUUUGACGUGUUAGUGUUUUAUUAAUGAUCAACAGCCUACUUUGUUACACACCGGAUUAUUACCAUCAUCGGUCGGAACGACCGAGGGAGAAAUAAUUGAAGGUAGCUCUUGUGUGUUGUUUCUGUCAAUUCUGGACUAACAAACGUAGUAGUCCGCCGUCUGUCAGUUAUCGGCGAUGUUGCCGUGGUGAAAUUCGCAGUUUUGUGGUGGACGGCAAACGAAUCGGUGCUACGCGAAUUAAAGCAGACAUCGCAAAGAAAAAAAAACCGAGUGUGGGAUCGAGUUUGUCGGGUUUCCACCCCGGUGCAACGAGGAGUGAAGGAGUGGAGACAGCAACGAUGAUUGAAAGCAGGUGAGGAGGGCAGAGCAAAAGAGAGUGCUCAGCACCCCCGCAGAAGCAGUUGGGGAAAGUAUUAGGCGAGAAGAGAUAGGCGAUUUUAUUCAGCUCAUUUUGGACCGGGUACCCUGCGUUACGUUAGAGUGUCGGAGAUUGCACCCAGCAUUCGCACAGAUUGUGCGAAAAUUGUGUACCGCAGCGCGCCACUGUCGUAAAUUGGUUAGACGACCAAGAGAAGCCGAAGUCAAACUGCGAACGAAUUAUCGCGCGAGUGCAGAAACUCCGCCAACCACCCUCUAGAUUCAGCGAAAGAGAGAAGGAGGCUGCCGAGUGCAACCGAAAGAUGAGAACAGCACACACAAAGUGUAAGAAUCAGAUGUGACACAAUCUGCUGGUUGCUGCCGUUCUGAGGCUGGCUAGCGAGUGUGUAAUCGACGGUGGCGACGAUUUCGACGAUUUUACUCUUCUAUCCGCAACAAAGGUGGAUGAGUGAAGAAGCGCGGAAACGAAGUUGUGGAAUUGUGGUGUAGAACGAUACGACACGACACGGUUCUGGCGCGGUGCGGUAGAAACGAAGCAAAACGUAAAGAAGAGAAGGGAAGUGAGGAAGUAACGGGCUCGGCCGUCAAGACAAGUGUGGCUCACCAGUGGCAGUCGUAACAAAGAAGGAAAACUGUCUACGUUGAGUUUCGGACCAACCGAGGAGGAGGAUACACCCAAUUUGCUCCGGUCGACACCAUCAGUCGUUAGUAGUGGAGAGAUUAUUAGAUUCCUAGGUGAGGACGGUACCGCAGAUGUGCAAGUUUUUCGGUAACUUCGGAUGCUACCUGUGCAAAACCAGGUAACAGACUCACAAGUGUCCCAGUACCAUUAGUGAUGGGUGAUUUUCGAAUGUGAUUGUGGAAACAAAAAUUGUCUAACGCAGAAGGCAGUAAUCUGCCGAAAAAUGAAUAGCGCGAGGUCAGGGAAAAUAAGUCGGUGAAAGAGCCGAUGAUUUUUGCACCACACAGUUUCUAAAUGGUUUCAUUCAUUCAUAGUAGGCAGUGAGUGUGAAGCAGAAACCGAAUUGUCAUCGCAACAGUGUGUAUUCUGUGCCGAAAAAUCAAGAUUCAAUUUUCUGGCCGAGCUGUGUAAGCUGGAGCCGAGUUUUUUUUGUCUGUGAUUCGAAACGAUCGAUGGCAGUGGGUUUUAUUGGUUCGGGAAGAGUAGAGUGAAUCAAACGAAGUGAAAAAAGGUGGCAAUAACAACAACAUCAGUAGCAAGCAGCAUGGCAAAGUGAAGUGAAAGAAACCCUCCGUAGAAGCAAAAGGGGCGAAUUCAGGGGGAAAAUAUGUGCUCGACGCUCUCGUCCGCCAGUCCGUUGAUUGUCGGUCGACGUCCCAUCGUUGCCCAACAAGAGUAUUGGCAGCAGCAGCAACAUAGCAGAAAUUAAUAUUGUUUAAGCAGCAGCAAUAAACGGUCGACGUCGAGAGUGAGAAGAACAAGUGGCAAACAAACAACAACACCGCAAGAAGAGGAAAUCCGUUUGAAUAAAAACGAGUCAGCUUCAACCAGUGAGAGAGAGAACGCGAGUGAGUGAGCGACGUGCGAAGCGGAGGAAGAAGGUGUACGAAAAGUGCAGGGCAAAGAGAGUAUAAUAUCAAAUGCACAUAGCUAUUUUCUGUUGUUAUUUGUAUUAUUAUUGUUGAUGAUGUUAUUAUUAUUAUUAUUAUAAUCUGUUGGUGUAGUUGCUGUUAUUCGCACUCAUAACAGUUUUCCCCAUCCAUUGUUCAGAUGGAUGGAAACCGAGCACCAACACAGUGAAAGCGACGUAAACAGAAAAUCCGCACACAUAACACCCACCAAGAAGUGUGUGCGCAGUGAGAGGAGUGUGGGCUGCCCGGCAGGCCCCAUAACGUAACCGAAAAAGUGGAAAGGCAAUAGAAAUCUACUCGGCGGGAGGAAUUGGAGUCACCGCGCCGCGGAGUGUCUUUGUUCAAAUUUGCAAGAAAAGUAAGUGAGCUUUCAGCUGUCCAUAGUGCGCGAAUACCUGUUAAUCGACGUCGACGACGAACGACUCGGGUUUCGAUUACCUCUCCUAAUCAGUCAGCGGAAAAAUCAAUUUUAAGUGAUACCCCCUUUCGUUAAAGAAAAGUGUCAAAGUAAUACCCCACUGUCAUGCCCCUGAACCGGGAUCUCUGUUGUAACCCAAAGUGUUCUCUCAAGAACCGGCUGCUGGUGGUGGGUCGAUCACCGGCACCAGGUUGCUGCCGCCCACUUGGAAUGUGCUGCUGUCAACCUUUGACCAACUAAAGCCCAUUCCUCAAAGAGGGACAAGCAGCCGCGGCAGGAUCGCCAAGUGCAGGUGUUCCCUCCGGCAAAGGCGAAGAGCUCAGAGCACAGAAAGAAGGUGGAAACGAACGGCACAUUCAAUGAAGAAUAAGCAGCAACAGCAGGCAGCACCAAAGAAGCAGAAGCAGAAGCAGCAGCAACACCAUCAACAACAACAGCAACAGCAAAAGCAGAAAAACUUGGAUAUCAUGUUGAGCUCUUCCUACUAUAUCUAUAUGUCUGCCGGUACUCAACUGCAGAUGGCACCACAGACAACCAUAGUACAACAAGUCGGCCAAAAUCAUCUCCAUUCGCAUCAUCUACAGCAGCAGCCACCACAGCCACACCAAGUGACGGUACCGCAGCCGCAUCCGGCCCAUUACGGCAAUCCGGCGCAGCAGCAGCAACAACAACAGCAAGUAUCGGCGGCGGCUGUUGUCGGUGGGUUGGUGGGCUUGCCCCAGCCACCGCAGCUAGGUACGCUCACUAGUUUGCAGCAGGCGCAACAACAGUCACACUACAGCACCAACAAUAAUAAAGAUCAGGACUCGAAUAUGAGCACCGGAUCGUCGCAUAGUGAUAAGGAGCUAGAGACUAUAAUCAAUACUCCGACGCCGGAGAAGAUUCCCCGGACGCCGUCGGAUCGGAAGCGGAAGCGGAAAGCCCCCGACGACAAUGGGGGUCCGGGAGGGGGAGGGGGUGGCGGCGGCGGUAGUCAUAUUCGUGAUAGAGAUAGUGUUAAGCCCCGUUUGUCGAUACCACCAUUAGGCGAUAGUAAGAAAAUUAACGACUACUUUUCCAAACAUUCGGUAAGCAGUCCCCAUCGGACGCACCCGGUUGGCGCAGCCGGAACCGGUGGUCCCCUAGGAGCAAUAAGCAAUUCUGGCCAGCAGCAGCAGGCACAGCCUGGUCAACCUGGCAGUGGAAAUCAAGGGCAAAGCCAGCAGGUUUCCACUAAAAGUCCCAGUCCCCAGCAACAACAGCAGCAUGGUCAGUAUCCAAUGUAUCCACCUAGUCCUCAACCACAGCUAGGAUCUGUGGUGACCUCCAGUGGUAAUCUUACCAGCCAAGCUGCGGCACAGGAUCUGUACGUGCGAUCGCAGCGCGGUAGUUCUGUAGCAUCUUCCACACUAGUUCCUCCAUCGUCAGUAUCGGGCACGCCGUCGUCAGUCUCGGCGGCCUCCUUACUGAGCUCAUCCUCAUCUAUCAUCUCCGGUGGUACAGUUGGCGUGAUGGUUCCUCCCAAUGCGCCACCCCCACAGACGCAUCGGGAUCGAGAUUCUCAGCCACCUCCACCUCCCCUGCCUCCAUCGGUUGCCACCGUGCAGCAACAACAACAAGUACAGACGCAAGUACAGACACAAUCCCAGCAACAAGUCGCCGUUGCGCAGUCUCAAGCCUCCCUCGGGGUUCCCAACUCUACACUAGCCAUCAAUAGUCUAGCGGCAUCGCUGAGCCAUGCCAACAAUGGAACCGUUGUUAAUCCAAACGCUGCCAACAGUAGCACCACCAGCAGCAGCAGCAGUAAUCAUAGCAUACCCAACAAUGUCCAAUCGUUAGCUCAAUCAACCUCCCAGCAACAAUCGCAGCCUGUCACCCCAACCGGUCCGCUCAUGGUUUCCAAACUGGUUCAAACGGAUCUAACGGCAGCGGACAUCACCGAACGGGAUCAGGACUUUGAAACCUCGCGGACACGGGCCGAUGAACUUUCACGUCUAUCGGACGAACAAAAGUGUCAAAUUACGGCGCACCAGAAGGUCAUCGAGCAGCACAAGAGCCACAUCAACAAGUGUAUAGAUGUGGUGAAAAAGCUGCUCAAGCAAAAGAGCAACAUCGAAAAGAAGGAGGCGCGCCAAAAGUGCAUGCAGAACCGGUUACGGUUGGGUCAGUUCGUGACGCAGAGGGUCGGCGCUACGUUCCAGGAGAACUGGACCGACGGGUACGCGUUCCAGGAGUUGGCCAAACGCCAGGAGGAAAUCACUGCCGAACGGGAGGAAAUUGACCGCCAGAAGAAGCUGCUGAUGAAGAAACGGCCGACCAACUCCGAGAACAGUCGGAAGCGAAACAAUUCCAGCACGUCCGGUGUUGGCAGCACGACGGCCGUGUCCAGCUCCGGCACCACCGUGGUGAGUCAAAUCUCGGCCACGCUCCACAACGGCAACGACAAUACGUUCCUAAAGCCAGAUUCGGUCGUCAGCAGCGGAAGCACCUUCACCAUACAGGAGUACUACGAGUGUGACGAAAUACUGAAGCUGCGGCAGAACGCACUCAAGAAGGAGGACGCCGACCUACAGCUGGAGAUGGAGAAACUGGAGCGGGAACGGAACCUUCACAUCCGGGAGCUGAAGCGGAUACACAACGAAGAUCAGUCGCGCUUCAACAACCAUCCUGUGCUAAACGAUCGGUAUUUGCUGCUGAUGCUCCUCGGCAAGGGUGGCUUCUCCGAAGUACACAAGGCGUUCGACCUCAAGGAACAGCGGUAUGUGGCAUGCAAGGUGCACCAACUGAACAAAGACUGGAAGGAAGAUAAGAAAGCUAACUAUAUUAAGCACGCCCUGCGAGAAUACAACAUCCACAAAGCGCUCGAUCACCCGCGGGUGGUCAAACUGUACGAUGUGUUUGAGAUCGAUGCCAACUCAUUCUGCACCGUGCUGGAAUACUGUGAUGGGCAUGACCUCGACUUUUAUCUGAAGCAGCACAAAACGAUACCGGAGAAGGAGGCUCGGUCGAUUAUUAUGCAGGUGGUAUCGGCGCUGAAAUACUUGAACGAGAUAAAGCCCCCAAUUAUCCAUUACGACCUUAAACCGGGAAACAUCCUGCUGACGGAAGGUAACGUGUGCGGUGAGAUCAAGAUCACCGAUUUCGGUCUUUCGAAGGUGAUGGACGAAGAGAACUAUAAUCCGGACCACGGUAUGGAUCUAACGUCUCAAGGUGCUGGAACUUAUUGGUAUUUACCGCCGGAGUGUUUCGUCGUGGGCAAAAAUCCACCAAAGAUCUCGUCCAAAGUGGACGUGUGGAGCGUCGGGGUCAUCUUCUACCAGUGCCUGUACGGGAAGAAACCGUUCGGGCACAACCAGUCGCAGGCCACCAUCCUGGAGGAGAACACCAUCCUGAAGGCGACCGAGGUGCAGUUCGCCAACAAACCGACGGUCACGAACGAGGCGAAGAGCUUCAUUCGGGGCUGUCUCGCCUACCGCAAAGAGGAUCGAAUGGACGUCUUUGCCCUGGCCAAACACGAGUAUCUACAGCCGCCGGUGUCGAAGAAAUCGGCGGCAGCUGCCUCCAGUCAGAAUCACCACGGCAGUGGUAACAGUGGAACAAGUGGCCAAGCCGGAGCCGGAAGCGGUGCGGGGGGCGGUGGCGGAGGUUCGGGUGGUUCUGGUGGCGGCGGAGGAAAUCAGGGCGGCCAGCAAACGUCCUUCUCAACGGGGAUGUUUGGCAACAUGAACCAAUCCAGCUCUUCUUAGCUGCCCCCGGGUGGAAGUUUACAUCUGAACAACACCGUUGCGGGUGGUGGCGCUUACUCGGCCAAGGGUAACAACAACACCUCGCUCGGUGGGCCUACUUCUAUUGCUAUUUAUGCUGCUCUGUUCGGAUCGGUUGGCAGCACUGCCACCAAUAGUCUACCAACUCUGAUGGCAACCACGUCGAACGCGAUUCUGCCGAUUACUGCCACAGGUAAUCAGACCAACAACAAAACUCACCAAAACAACCACAACCAUGCAUCCCCGCCAACGUCAUCCAAAUCAUAAAAAUAGAGAAGCCAACCCAUUGAUAUCCUAUGAUGCUCGUCGUAAUGUAAGGAAACAACAGAAAACAAUAGAUGGAAUACCCCAGUUCCCAGUUUAUUAUAAAUAGUAGAAUUCGACACACGCACACCGUUUCAAAACAAACCAAUACCGUGAAAGGUAAGGCAAAAGAUAAACCGAACGCAAACAAUUCAAGUUAUGUGAAAGGCAAAUUUUAGUUGCACGUUAAACAACCGUUUUGCUAACUGUCGUAAAAGAAAAAGCUAACCAAAAGAAGAAAAAACAAGAAAACGUAAAAUGCUGAAUUGAAUCAAUGUUUGCUGUCAACAAAGAUGAAUUAUUAAAAAAGAUAAACCAUACGCCGUAAAAUGAUGUUCCAUAGUAAAUGACAAAAAAAGCAAACGGAAAAUAAUAAGCAAAAAAAAAAAAUAGUUCAAUACAAACCGCGCGAAAAAGAAGUCGUCGAAUCGAAGUAUCCACACACCCACGUGCGUUUAGAGUAAUGUUAUUCUUUUUGAAUAUUGAAACUAAACAAACAAACAAAAAAAUCUCGCUAUGUAAAUAGGAUGUAAAAAAUCAAACCAAAACCAAAUUUCAUCAAAACAUAAGAAUCAUUUGAAGAGGUAAAAAAACAACUAAUACAUACACGUACUCAUACAAGAAGACAUACAAUAACAGCAGAAUCAUAAAGGGAAGGUUGAAAUAGGAUUUUGAUUUCGGUUGCACUUUGGUUGGUCACAAUGUUGUGGCAAAAGAAAAAAAAAACCAACAAGACGCCCAAAUACCAUAGCGGGGAUCAUCGAAUCGGACCAUUCGACGGGGUUCGCUGAAGGAAGGAAACGGAAAGUUUUCGAUGCAUGACGACGACGACACGUGCGCUAAUUGUCGAAAGCAAAAAUGCGCCAAUUUAAAUCUUUUUUUUCCUAAAUUUUAUUUGGCUGUUGAAAUUUAUUAAUUUCUAUAUUCUAUCUUCUUCCACUAAACAUUGUAAUGUGACCAAAUCUGGCCGCUCGAAUUGUACACAAUCCUUCCGAAUUACCUAUACAUAUUCAACUCUGUUAUUACAUUUUUAUUGUUUUCAAAUAAAACAAUCGGAUAAGUUUAAGUCGUUGGAGUGUUGCGCCCCAAUAACUGAUUGUUGGUUGGGGAUCAGGAAGAAAUUCGAUGUGUCGUAAAUUUCCUCUGGUAACUAGUGGUUUGGCGCAGUAUUAUCCGGACAGUGCGUUACGUCGUUGAAAUUGAAGCAGCAAACAAUAGCAGAAGAAUAGAGGGCAUCUUACUUGCGUACACCCACAAACACACACAUAUAACACUCAUUUUGGAGGAAAGGGAAAUGUUAUUUGUUGAUUCCAAUUGAGGGUGGAAGAUAAUAUGCUAAUGGACGGGCAAGAGAGAAAAAAUGGGGAGUAAUGCAAAACUCAGAAAUUAAAGCCAAGAUUCAGGAGAAAAAUAUGGCUCAGACACUAUUAUUCGUUUCCCAUCCACUGUUAUAAUGUGGAUGGUUGUCAGAUAAACAAUCUUUAUUUCGUUAUGCAACAUACACACCUGUACAUACUAUUGUUUAGUGUUUGUUUUAUCAUUAUUAUUUUUAUUAUUGCGAGUAUCGAAUUAAUAGAUCCUUAACAUGUUAGAAAUCACAUUGAAAGCAACAGAAAACAAAACACACCCACACUCACACUCACGGAGACACAACCAACACAAAUACAUUGCUGGAUUACAGUUGGAUUCCGAGGGGUCAUUACCAAAUGGAAGACCGAGUUCGACAUCGACAAAACCAAGGGGAAAUAGUGGCACCAAUAGAAGGCCAAACACAGAGCCCUAUUACAUAAGACGAGUCACGAGUCAUUUUACUCGAGUGAGCCAUUUUGGUAUUACAGUAGUCGAGUCGAGCCGACUUCAGACGAAUAGCUCGACUGAGUCGACUGCUUGAAUGUUCGUGACUCGGCUUUUUCACUCGACUACUGUAAUACGACAUUUCGCUCGACUCGAAAGUGACUGGAGUCGAGUCGAGUUACUCGACUCGUCUUAUGUAAUAGGGCCCACAGUGUUUGUUUUGGAAUAGCGCUGAAUAUACACAGUCCUUUUGUCUAAUAGGUUAUUUCAGUUUUUUAAUAUUUUUUCUGUGGUUAUUUGUGACGGAAUAGAGACCAGACUAUUUUAUCGAAUUGCUUUCAUGUUUUAUAGACGGCUAUGAGAGCAAGUUUUAUAAGAGACUUCAAGAGUCUAAUAAAACAAUCGUUAUUAUUCAAAAUUCUUCAUCUUUUAAAGCCAGAAAUGACUGCUGUACGAAGCAGUACUUUUCGUAAAUCCCAUAUGUUAAUCCGUCUCAAAUUCGGUUUGUUGAGGGAUAAACUUGAACUUUGCUUGGUAGUGAUCUGUCGUGGUCCUCGCUCAUACAAGAAUAGGAACAGCAGGGAUAUUUGGCACGCCGCUGUGUUCCAUCGGUUUAGGGAUGGAACCUGAGCAUGCAGGAUCAUCCCCUCCAAAAAAGCAAAAAAAAUGUGUAUAGAAAAAAGGUUUUCACUUUUCUCAUAGGGAGAAAAGAUCGAACCGUCUCCGGUCCGCGGGACGAUGCCCCUCCAUUUAUUGGAAAUGAAAAAAGUUCUUUUAAAAAACAAAAACCCACAAGUAAUCAAUGAAGAAGAAAAUAAAAAAAAAAAUAAGAAGAAGAAAACGAUUGAGAUAGGGAAAACCAAAUACAAUUUUUCGAGCGCGCGAGUGUUUGAGAAUAAACAGGUCGUAUGUGUGGAAGCGUUCCAGAUCAAUGUGAAAACUCCAAACUAGUUUAUAUUGGUUGCAUGUGUACUACUUGUGUUUGU